GAGAGAGAGAGAGAGAGAGAGCUUGAGCUCUUCAUUAACAGACACCACCAGCAGCACACAGAUGAAACAAUGAUCCAGAUCUGUGAUGAUAAACUCUUCAUAUUUCAGCUGCUGCUCCUCGUGUCAGUCGUGGCAUGUGAGACGAAAGAGAUCUUGACUUUCACUGCACAUGAAGGAGGAACAGUUGAGAUACGCUGUCCAUAUGCGUCUGGACAUGAAGCACAUGAGAAGUAUCUCUGCAGAGGAGAAUGUCCAAGAAUGAAUAAAGACAAAGUUGUUAAAUCUGGAUCAUCAGCUCGAGGCGAGAGAUUCUCUCUGACUGACAACAAAACAGCCCACAUCUUCACCGUCACCAUCUCUGAUCUGAGAACAGAGGAUCAAGGACAAUACUGGUGUGGAGUAAAGAUAGGGCUGGGGUUAUUUGAUGACUUUACAAAGAUUCAUCUGGAAAUUAAACAUGUGUCCCGAGUGUCUGGUUUGAGUGGACAGCAUCUUUAUAUUCACUGCCAUAAUAAAAGUGAAUUGAAGAACGAUGUCAAAUUCAUCUGCAAAGGAAGCGACCCGUCCCUCUGUGAGACAUCAGCUAUCAGAGUUUCAUCAGAGAUCAAGAGUAAUGGCCGUUUCUCUCUGAGCGAUAAUGAAUCUGCAGAAGUCUUUACUGUGACCAUCACUAAUCUGACAGAAGAGGAUUCUGGGAUAUACUGGUGUGGAGCUGCACAGAGAGGACAAGAGCACAAGAACAAGUGGAUUUCAGUGAUAGACCUGAACAUUUCUGCCGUUUCAGGCACAUCAGAGAGUGCAUCACCUAAACCAACAACAACAACAGCUUCAUUUCACACCAGCAAACCAGCGACAGAAUAUACCGCCUCCAGCAGACCCGUCACGUCUUCAUCAUCAUCAUCAUCAACAUCUCCUUCAGUGUCAAUGUUUUUCUCACUGCCUGCUAAUGCAGUGUCACCAAAACCACAACCGGGUUUAACAUUAAUCAUCAUCAUGGUGAUGGUCAUAGGGAUACUGACAGGGUUUGGAUUCUCAUUUUUCAUAUACUUAAGACAGAGGCAAAAGAAAGAAGGAACGCAGCCCACAGAUGUCGCUCAUGGCCCGAGUAAGAAUCUGCCCGGUGGAGAUAUGAGAGAAACUAGAGAAGCGGACUGUGAUUAUGAAGAAAUCAGUAGCACUCUUUAUCAUCCUGACUAUAGCCUGGUCUUUCCAGCAUUCGCUGAACAUGAUGACUCUGUUUAUGCUCUAGCACAAUUACCAAGCAGCCCCUCUGACGAAAUCAACUACUCCAGCAUCACAUUUACAACAACACAUCAUUCAGUCAGGACUUCUGACGGACAGGAAACAUGUGACUACACAACUGUUAGACCGUAAAAGACUGAGGACAUGCAGGUUUCAUUUAAAUCACACCAAACUAAGACUGCAACUCCUCCUCCUCACGUGCUUUGUGAUUUUAAAUCUGUGGCCUUAAUGUUAUUUUAGAUCAAUCAGUAUUAGAGAAAUAAGACUGUUUGAGGUAUGUUUGGUUACAUUUCUGUUGUCUGUUAUUUAUUCAUACCCACAAGUGCUUUAGUAUUACAGUACAUGGUGAAGAAUUAAAUGAGUGGAGAAAAUAAAUGUUGUGGAGCAUUAAUAAAAGUUCGAAUGAAAAGUAGUGCGACAGGCUGAAAUGUCAGUGUGAGCUAAUUAUUAUUCAUGAGUUGCUGUUAUUUACACCCUCCCAGUCUAAAUAUCUAUUCUGGUUUUUACAGAGUUUUUACAAUAAUCAUGCUAUAUAUGUGU